CAAUGGACCGAAACCGUUGCCAUUUUUCGGCAAUUUUAUCGAUCGCUUAAUAAAACCAAUGGGUUAUCUGGAUAUUGAAUAUAUUAAAAAAUACGGUCCUAUUGUUGGUCUAUACGAGGGCCGGGAUAGCAAUCUAUUGGUAGCCGAUCCUCAGCUAAUUAAGCAAAUAUUGGUCAAAGAUUUUCAUCGGUUUACCGAUAGACGUGAACUUAAGACAUGGCAUCCGAUUAUGAAUCGYAACCUGUUUUUUACGGCCGGCAACGAUUGGCGCCGUCAGCGUAACAUAAUGUCCCCGACGUUUAGUUCGGGUAAAAUCAAGCACAUGUAUCAUACAGUCAGACAGUGUCUACAGGAAUAUAUCGUUCACUUGGAUCGUAUGGCCAGUAAUACUGGUGGUGGUAAUGGUGGAGCACCGGUAGACAUUGAUAUCAAAUCGUUACAUCAAAAUUUCACUCUCGAUGUUAUAGCUACCUGUGCUUUCGCUACGAAAACCAAUGCCCAAUCACAGCCSGAUAAUCCGUUUAUAGUUAGCGCAAAAAAUGCCCUAACAUUUCCGGUCGGUAAAACAAUWGCCGGACUAGUAUUUCCCGCAUGGCUUAACCGAUUGCUGGGUAUUAGGACUAUACUAAAAGAGUCGAACAAUGAGUAUAUUUUUGAGGCCACCCGUCAUAUAUUGAAAAGUCGUCGACAGGAGAGGGGGGGCUCCGGUAGUGAUAACAAAACCAAACAAAAUCGUGAUUUUCUACAAUUGCUUAUCGAUGCCAAAGCCGAUGAUAAUCCUAUUAAUAAUAAUAAUACAUUGAACGAAACGGAAAUCCUGGCCCAAUCCUGGCUGUUCCUGUUGGCCGGCUUUGAGACAACUGCCACAACACUGGGCUACCUGUCCUAUCUGAUGGCCACUAAUCCAGGUGUACAGACAAAACUCUAUGAAGAGCUCCGGGAUUCAAUCGGUACGGACGAUGAGUUCGGUUACGAACGUCUCCAGAGUCUACCCUAUUUGGAUGCCGUAGUCAGCGAAACCCUGCGGCUCUAUCCGCCCGUACAACGAUUGGAACGGUUGGCCAUCGAAGAUGUCCAACUCGGUGGACCUCAGGGACCGAAAAUACUGGCCAAACAAUUAGUGGAAAUACCUGUCUAUGCUAUACAUCAUUCAGGAGAGUACUACAAACAACCCGAGGAGUUCAUACCCGAGCGUUUCUUACCCGAAAAUCGCGGGUCAAUCGUACCCUAUAGUUAUCUACCGUUUGGUACCGGACCACGAAACUGUUUGGGUAUGCGUUUUGCACUGAUGGAAAUCAAACUGGCCAUUGCACACAUUGUCUACCGGUAUCGGCUGGUCAGGACWGSCCAAACCGAACCGUGCAUACAGUUUAAAACGGCCAGCACUUUGUUGACCGCCGAAAGUAUUACGGUUGGCAUUGAAAUGAGAUAAUAAC